UCCUCUUUACUGCCGCGUCAUCCUCCAACCAUGGCAGCCACAUACCCAGACAACCCAAAAUGGAAUCUAUUUCUACCCCUCACCUCCAUUAAUUAACUUCUUCUGAUCAUCAAAUAGAAAUAUCUAAAUUUAAAAAAAAAAAAAAAAAAAUGUCAAACAGAAUACAGAAAAACAAGAAUCCAACAUAACACAAACACAUUGAAAAAGAAAAUUAUAGAGGAAAACCAGGAAAGAACCGAAUCAUCCAAUAUUUAUUAGGAUUAUCCGAUUUCUACCUCUGUAUCUUCAAUGGAUUCCGAUCUCUGGACAUCUAGACUUGCAGCUGCUAAAAGACAAUAUGCUUUGCAACACUCUCAAUUAGGAGGAUUAGAUCGGUUGAACAUUGAUGAUUUAUUGGUGGAAGAAGAAAGCCGUCCUGAUUUUCCAUGUCCAUAUUGCUUUGAAGAUUAUGAUAUUGCCUCUUUAUGCUCUCACCUUGAAGAUGAACAUCCAUUUGAAUCCAAAGUCACUGUUUGUCCUAUUUGCUCUGUUAAGGUUACAAAGGACAUGCUUAAUCAUAUAAUGCUGCAACAUGGACACCUAUUAAAGUUGCAGCGACGCCGUAGGUUACGUAGAGUUGGUAUCCCCAACAGCCAGACGCUGUCUCUUUUGGGCCGGGAUCUUCGGGAGGCUCAUCUGCAGGUGCUUCUAGGAGGUGGCGGAUAUAGUAGGUCAAGCAGUUCUGAUGCAUCAUCUAAUGCUGUUACAGAUUCCUUCCUUUCAUCACUUGUUAUGAACUUCAGUGCUUCUGACGCCGAGGAGAUUUCAAAUUCCUUGGUCUCCAAUAUGGAGGAUGCCUCCGCUAAGAACGUGACACCAAUAUCAAGUUGGAAGCCAAGUUUAGACUCAUCUUUGAGUUAUGAAGAGCGACAACAGAAGAUGAGGCAGGUGACUGCAAGAGCUGGUUUUGUACAAGAUUUGAUUCUCUCAACUCUGUUUAGUGAUGACUAGGUGAAAGGGGAGGGCAACCCCCACAAACUUUUGAUUAUCAAUAAGGCGGAUUUUUGGGUCUAUUAGUUUUGCUGCUAGAUAUACAGUACAUACUGGUAAGCCAACCCAAUAUGUGCCUUUUCUCGAUAAUCCUGCUGAGAGCAGAAAAGUUUGAAUCAUUGUGACAUAUGCGAUCCAUUUUCUGCAGUCUCCUUGAUCAGAGAUGUAUUUACCAGAAGUUGGUCCACUGGAAUCUUAAAAUUGACUGUCUCAAUGUUUCAUUCCAUAAAUGUGUACCUAUUCUAUGCUCAAAAACUGUAUGUUCUUUUGCGUCUUUCCAUUACGAAUUAAUAAAGUUGGGUUUAUCGAAUCUGAAAUAAAAGAUGAAAGGAAAAUUCAUGUCA